AUGCCCAUCGUUCGCCACACCCCGGUGCCUUUGAGCACAAGAGGACCUUUGUACGGUGAAGAAUUCAAUGCUGCCCACAUGGGGACAAACCAAAAUGGCGAACGUGACGCUGUGCGUCGAGCGUCGUACACGGACAUCAAUAACAAGCAGAUUCGCUAA